AUGAUUCGAUUUAAUCGUUUAAUUCAUGUUACAUCUAGAUUUCAAUUUCAUCAUGUAAAUUUUGUAUCAAAAGAACGCGGUCAAUUAUAUUUAACUAGAUUACAUUCGACUAAUAAUAAUAAAUCGAAUUCGAUAAAUCCUAUAUCUCGAUUGGACAAAUUAACAAAUGCUAGAAAUCCGAUCCCUCUACAAAAAAGACAUUUGAACCAAGAUACUAAUGCGGCGGGAGUAUGGGAUCCUUUCCCCGAUCCUUUUCAGCCAAUCGUAGAAUACUCGGCAGAAACUGCUUUGGGUGAUGAUGAGGAUGAGGAUCCAAAGAAAAAGAAAAAACCUUCAGUCAAAGGUGGUGCCGGUCAUCAUCCACCACCACAACCACCUUUUCUUUCCCCUCGUGUAAUGGAUGCUGUUUUAACUACUGUGAUGGGUCUAGCAGCUGUAGGUCUUGGUGGUGUAUUAUAUCAAACAUGGUAUGAAUGGAAUGAACAACAUAAAGUUUUGUUAUCAUUUACAAAACCGAUCCCAUUAUUAAAGUCACGAACAUCAGAAUCAUUUUUUGCCAGAACAGAACAAAAAAAAAUUGCAUCCGUUGUAGCGGGUCAUGGUAGAGCAAAAUACUUUUUACUUGUUGGUGAAAGAGGAACAGGAAAAACUCAAUUAGUGUUAAAUGCAAUGGAAAAGAUCGGACAUUAUGGGAUUGUAUUUUGUGAGGCUCAUUCAGAUAGUGAGGUUUUUAAAACCCGAUUAGGGAGGGCCUUAAAUUAUACUUAUAGGGAAGAUUAUGUUGGUCAGCUCUUUGCCAGAGAAGCCCCCGAAAGAGGUUCUGCUUUGUUGGAUGUUGAGAAGGCUUUUAAUAUGGUUGAACAGGUUGCGAUGAAAUAUGUUCGAAGAAGAGGUCGCCCAUUAAUUCUAAUCAUUAAUAACAUUCAUGCAUUUAAAGAUGAUGAUGAUGGUAUAGACUUGUUGGAACUUUUGCAACAACGAGCAGAAUCAUGGGCCGCUUCCAGGCUUGUCACGAUGGUAUUUAACACCGAUGAUUAUUCUGUUUAUGAGCGAAUGAAGCGAGACGCAUCUCGUAUGGAAGUCAUUAGGGUUAAUGAUCUGACACAUGAGGAAGCCGUAAGAUUAUUGAAAGAAAAACGUCGGGGUCACGAAUCUGAUGAAGAACUUGAGAAACUUAUUAUGGAACGUGUAGGAGGUCGCCUUUCCUAUGUAAAUCGAUUGGGAAGAGAAGAUGAUAUUUAUGAAACUGUAGCUCAACUUGAAAGUGAAGAAAAAACGUGGCUGACAAAUCAAAUUGGAUUAAUCCCAGAUUUUGAAGAGACAGCGUUUGACAGUCAAAAAUACGCAUCAUGUGCAUGGAAAUUAAUUAAGGCUUUGGUAAAAUCCGAAGAAAAGCAAUUACCAGUAAAUGAUUGUAGAAUUAUUACGGGAAAUCCGAAAUGGUUAGAAAUGUUGGAUCAUGAUAAUAUUAUCAUGAUCGAUGACCAACACAACGUUAAGGCAGAUUCAAAAAUUUUACAAAAUAUUUUCGAAGAGGUUGUUAAUCGUGAAGAUUUUGAUGAUUUAUUAGACAAUGUUUGUGAAAGGGUUGAAGAGGUUGAUAAGGAACAAAGAACGAGAGAGAUAAUAUGGAGCAAAAAGAAUGACCAAGUCGUCAGAUUCGGACAUCCAAAGAAAGAGGGUUGGUUUUGGUGA